UUGGUCUUUUUUAAACCCCUAAGUUUUUCUAGGAUUUUCUUAUUUUUGAUUGUAUGUAAGUAAUAUUUUUUCUUAUUUUUGUAGAAUUGUUUAGGGGCAUUAGAUGGGACUUACAUUAAUGUAAAUGUGCCUUCACAAGAACGACCAAAAUAUAGAACAAGAAAAGGAACAAUUGCUAUGAAUGUAUUGGGUGUUUGUGCACCCAAUUUGCAAUUUAUUUAUGUUCUUCCUGGUUGGGAAGGUUCGGCCCAUGAUAUGCGUGUACUUCGCAAUGCUCUCUCUAGACCAAACGGUUUUAGGGUACCUCGAGGUAAUUAUUAUUUGGUUGAUGCGGGAUAUACGAAUUGUGAGGGUUUUCUUGCUCCAUAUAGAGGUCAAAGAUACCAUUUAAAAGAAUGGACGGAUCGACAACCCAAAAGUGCCGAGGAGUUCUAUAACAUGAAACAUGCUAGGGCGCGAAAUGUGAUUGAGAGAUGUUUUGGCCUACUUAAAGGAAGAUGGAGUAUUCUUAGAAGUCCUUAAUUUUUCCCUAUAAGAACUCAUGGACGUAUCGUGAUGGCUUGUUGCUUAUUGCAUAAUCUAAUUAGAAAAUUCAUGCCUACGGAUGAUAUAAACGAAGAUGAAUUGAAUGAAUCCGAUGAUGAUUCCGAAAGUGAUUCCGAUGAUGAAAGGGAAUUUAUUACAAGUGUUGCUACUUCGGAUCAUUGGACCAAUUUUAGAAACAAAUUAGCCCAAGAUAUGUUUAAUGAUUGGAGGGCGAGAGGUAGACAUGGUCAACAGCAAAAAAUGUAUGAUUUUUUUUACCUUCGAUUAUAUUAUAGACAUGGUCAUCUGCCUUCUGUUCUUUUUAUUUCUAAUUUGCCUACUGUUAUUUCUAAUCUGCCUUAUGUUAUUUCUAAUUUGUUUAGGAUGGAGGCUAGCAAUCGAGGAAGAGGUAAAAAUAAAAGGUAUUGGACGUAUGAAGAAGAUGCGGUUCUAAUAAGAUAUUUGCAUGAGUUGAGUUGCGAUCCGAAGUGGAAGUGUGAUAAUGGGUUUAAGAAUGGUUACAUGAAUAAGUUGGAAGAGAUGAUCAAUGGUGUACUUCCUAAUUGUGGCUUGAGAGCAGUUCCCCACAUUGAGUCGAGGAUCAAGCAUUGGUCGGAGAAAUAUAGUGCAUUUGCAGAAAUGCUAUCCACCUCGGGAUUUGGAUGGGAUGAUGAGAAGAAAUUGUUGCAAGUAGACAAGGUCGUGUACGAUGAAUGGGUGAAGACUCAUAAGAAAGCUAAAGGGUUGUUUGGAGUUCCAUUCAUUCACUAUGAAACUCUUGCGGAGAUAUACGCAAAAGACAAAGCUACCGGAGAUGCAAGUGAGUCGUUUGUUGAUGCUAUAGAAGAAAUGGGUCAAGAGAUUGAUAAGCAACCAUUCAAUGUCGAGAGUGAUGAAGAAGAUGAUGUGAAUUCUACUCAUUCGGACACUUAUUCUUCUACAAGUCAAUCCGGAAAACGCCCCAUGAAGAUAGAGGAUGAUCAUAUAACUCCUUCAAAAAUGGCAAAGUGAAGGCUUCUACAAUUCAUUCUUCCGCAAGUGAUUCUACUACUCAAUCCGGAAAACCCUCUAUAAAGGCGAAGGAGACUAAGGUGAAAGGAAAGAACAAGGUAAAUUUGAAGAGUUUGUGUAGGAAUGAUGAUGAUGAUUUGGUGGCCUCCCUCCAUGAUUGUUCCAACAAUUUUGGGAAGAUAUUUGAAAAUAUCAAUGUUAAUCUCGGGACUAUGGCUAGUGCAUGGUCUAAAGCGGAAGAAAGGGAGCAAAGAAUGGAUGAAAAGGUGAACAAGGUAUUGGACGAGGUGAUGAAGUUAGAUGGCAUUUCUCCAUCCGAAGCUUUAGAGGUUGCUACUAUUCUCAUGGCGGAAGAACAUAAGCUUCGCAUCUUCUAUCAAGCACCAUUUAAUAUGAAAAAACAAUAUGCAAUUGAUCUUCUUAAGAAGAAGUAGCAACUUGAGCAAUGUCUUUGUUUUUUUGUUGAACAUAUGCAACUUGAGCAAUAUAGGUUAUUUUAUUAUUAGUCAAUGUUUGGAUAAUUAAUGAGUGUCAACUUUGCUAUAUAUAUAUAUAUAUAUGCAAUACAGGUUAUUUUAUUUUUUUUUAAUCUUUUUUUUACCAUAAAAAAAUGUAGCAUAGACAAUAUUAUAUUAUUCAUUCUUAUUUUUCAUUUUCGUUUGUUAUACCAAACAAGAGGAAAUGGAAUGGUGAUAAUUGUUUCCGUUUCCUUUGAUGUACCAAACAACUAGUAAGGGUAACACUUUUUGUUACC